AUGGAUCUCCGAGUCGGCGGAAAGGCCAAGGCUGUGGCGCUGACACGACUCGUCUCCUAUCUGCUCGCUCUCGACCGCUCCCUCGCUCCCAUACAGUACCGCAUUGGCAAGAAGAUCGGUUCGGGAUCGUUCGGCGACAUCUAUCUCGGCAUCAACAUCAUCUCGGGCGAGGAGGUGGCCAUCAAGCUCGAGUCGAUCAAGGCCAAGCACCCGCAGCUCGAGUAUGAGGCCAAGGUCUACAAGACCCUCGCUGGCGGCGUAGGCGUCCCCUUUGUCAGGUGGUACGGCCAGGAAUGCGACUACAACGCCAUGGUCAUUGACCUCCUCGGCCCUUCGCUCGAGGACCUCUUCAACUUCUGCAACCGCAAAUUCUCGCUCAAGACUGUCCUUCUGCUUGCCGACCAGAUGAUCUCGCGAAUCGAAUACUGCCACUCGCGCAACUUCAUCCACCGUGACAUCAAGCCCGACAACUUCCUGAUGGGCAUCGGAAAGCGCGGCAACCAGGUCAACGUCAUCGACUUUGGUCUCGCCAAGAAGUACCGCGACCCCAAGACCCACCUGCACAUCCCGUACAGGGAGAACAAGAACCUGACCGGCACCGCCCGAUACACGUCGAUCAACACCCACCUUGGUGUCGAGCAAUCCCGACGUGACGAUCUCGAGUCGCUCGGCUACGUCCUCAUGUACUUCCUGCGUGGAUCGCUCCCGUGGCAGGGGCUCAAGGCGGCCACCAAGAAGCAGAAGUACGACCGAAUCAUGGAAAAGAAGAUGACGACGCCGACGGAGCUUCUCUGCCGCGGCUUCCCCUCGGAGAUGGCGCUGUACCUCAACUGCUGCCGCUCGCUGCGCUUCGACGACAAGCCGGACUACAGCUACCUCCGCAAGCUCUUCCGCGACCUCUUUGUCCGCGAGGGCUUCCAGUACGACUAUGUCUUCGACUGGAGCAUCCAGCAGCGCGACGACGGCAACCCCCGCGGCGACGCCAUGCCGAUGAAGCAGGGCGCCACCCAGCUGCCGCGACGCAAGGUGCUGCCCCAGGAGGGCGACGAGGGCGUCAACCCGGGCAUGGACACCACCCGCGCUGCCCACGGCACCGCCCGCGCCAACGAGAAGGCCUACCUCGCCCAGCAGCAGCAGCAGCAGGCCAUGGCCGCCAACGCCGCUCAGCCGCUUCGCCGCGACGAGCAGCCGCGCGGCAACCAGUACUACUGA